AUGUCUGGGGUUGUACCUGAAUGCUAUGCUCGAUCUGUUGAAUUAGCCAACACUAUGAUCUUUCAAUUAGGGAAUGCAUUUAUUCAUUUUGGAUCCCUUGUUGUGUUAUUGAUUAUUAUAGUUAAUGUUAGAGCCAAAUAUACUGCUAUUGGUAGACUGGAGAUGUUAUCAUUUUUCUACUUAAUGUUGGGACUUGUUGUUUCAAGUUUGAUUGUUGAUUGUGGAGUUGCUCCACCGCUGAGCACUACUUAUGCAUAUUUUGUUAGUUUACAAAUUGGAUUUGCAUCAGCUGUUUGUAUUAGUUUGUUGUUUAAUGGGAUUCUUUGUUUCCAAUUUUGGGAGGAUGGAUCUGGUAAGAGUAUUUGGAGUUUAAGAGUCAUUGCUGUUAUUUGGGGAGCUGUUAAUUUUAUUCUUUGUCUUGUUACUUUUAAAGGAUGGGGAUCUUUAACCAAUAGAAGCACAGUACCAUUAUUUGUGGUUACAUAUAUUUUAAAUGCUCUUUUAUUGGCAGCUUAUGUUGUUUCCCAAAUCAUUUUGGUGAUAUUUGCAUUAGAUACUUAUUGGCCUUUGGGUGCCAUUGUAUUGGAGGUGUUUUUCUUUGUGGUGGGGCAAGUGAUUACUUAUGUGUUUAGUCAAACCAUUUGUAAUAAGGCCUCACAUUAUAUUGAUGGAUUAUUCAUUGGAAGUUUGUGUAACUUGUUUACGGUAAUGAUGAUCUAUAAGUUCUGGGAUAUGAUCACUACUGAUGAUUUGGAAUUUAGUGUUGCCAAUGUUGAACAAGGUGUACAAGCAUUUGGAGGGUACGAUGAUGAUAGAAAGAGCUUAUAUCAUUAA